CCGGCAUGUGUAACCUGUAACCUUUUAGUGUCGUUGUAAAAUGAAACAUUAGUUCUGUUGUUUUCACACCUAAUCCUUGAAAUUACUUGCAAUGAAUUAGGUAAUCGCUCAGUCUUUCCUAUGACCCAAAGGCAGUCGGAGUGAUUUAUUCUGAUAUGACAUUACCACAACAGCAACAGUGAAGACUUCAAAACGAAGAAAUGCAUCAACAGGCCUGUGCUCACGCGCAGCGAGUGAUAUCUAUGUUGAACCGACAGAGGGAACUGGGUCAGUUCUGUGAUGUGGUGCUAAGUGUCGGUCCAGGACAGGUGUACCCCGCCCACCGUAAUAUCCUUGCUUGUUUCAGCCAACUGUUUCAAGAUGCCAGCUCAAACACAACUCCAAACAUGGAGGUUCACCUCCCUCAGGAAUGUCCCUCUGAUGGACUGAAACUCCUUUUAGACUUUUUCUAUACAGGUGAACUGAAGCUGGAAAAUGUUAGCUGGGAACGGGUUCAUGGUGCAGCAAGUGCUCUAUCAGUGUCAAAUACACUUAUUCCUGCCCAACCCUCACCAAUAAUGGGUACCUCUGAAACAAACCUGGCUGAUUUUACCAUGAGUGAAGCUAAACCAGAAAGCAGCAUGCUUAAUGUGGAUAAGGCAGAUGGUGUGCCUGUUAAGGGGAGAAGUACAUAUAGGCAGAAAGCUAGACAGAAGCGUGAUUGUGCCAUUGGUACAACAGAGGCUCCAGUGUCCAUUACCAUCACUACUACUCGAUCUGGGCGCAGGGUAAAAGAGCCAAGGCGUCUGGUUGGACAGAACUCCACCGAGGUGGCUUCUCAAAUUGGCCCACCGAGAAGACAAGGUACAACAUCUAAGGAGGACAUCAAUCCAGAGGAAGGAAGUGCUGAGGCAGAGAAUAAGAGCAGAGCCCAAAAUGCAAAUCAACCAGAGGUGAAUGUGCCCAUUCUGGAUGGAAGUGACCAAAAUAUUUCGAACAGCAAAACUGAGAUGGACAAUGAUGUGGAAGAUGAUAAUUUUGAUGGCAAUGCUGGUGUCGAUGCUCUCAGUGAUGGCACGGAUGAAGAGUACAUACCCAGUAGUUCACCCAAUAUCAUGGCAAUGUCUGGGCAAAGACCCAAACGCAGGUACCAGGGAAAGCCUUUUGAUAAAGAGAAAGGAGAUGACACAACUAAGGAAAGCAGGAAAGGUUCUGUGCAGUGCCCCACUUGUCAUAAAACAUUCCUGAGCAAAUACUACCUCAAGGUUCAUAACAGGAGACACACAGGGGAAAAACCAUUUAAGUGCGAGAGUUGUGGAAAAUGUUACUACAGAAAGGAGAAUCUCCUUGAACAUCAGAGAAGAAAUUGUCAGAGCAGAACGGAAGUGGUGUUUUCAUGCUCAGUGUGCUCGAAGAUAUUUCAUCGCCGACUAGAGCUACGGGUUCAUAUGGUCUCACAUACAGGGGAGAUGCCAAACAAGUGUACCUCAUGCUCUGAACAGUUUAUGCAGAAAAAGGACCUCAGGAUCCACCUGAUCAAAGUUCAUGGAGCUCCUAAACCUCAUGCGUGCUCUCUUUGCACCAAGUGCUUCUUUUCACGCACAGAACUGCAUCUUCAUGAGGCCUCAAAGCACCGCGGAGAGAAGCUCUUUGUAUGUGAGGAAUGUGGUCACCGUGCCUCUAGCCGGAAUGGCUUGCAGAUGCACAUAAAAGCAAUACACAGGAAUGAGCGACCAUUUGUGUGUGAAUUCUGCAGCCAUGCCUUCACCCAAAAAGCCAAUCUCAACAUGCACCUCCGCACACACACAGGGGAGAAGCCUUUCCAGUGUCACUUGUGUGGCAAAACGUUCCGUACACAAGCCAGUCUUGAUAAGCACCACCGCACACACACUGGUGAGCGUCCCUACGCCUGUGAGUUCUGUGAGCAGCGUUUCACCGAGAAAGGUCCCCUGCUCCGACAUGUUGCCAGCAAACAUCAAGAGGGGCGCCCUCAUUACUGCCAAAUCUGCAGCAAGACCUUUAAGGCUGUUGAACAGCUUCGUGUUCAUGUGCGGCGUCACAAAGGAAUGAGAAAGUUUGAGUGUUCGCAGUGUGGCUACAAGUUCACCAGACAGGCCCAUCUUAGGCGGCAUGCUCAGAUCCACAAUCGUGUGGAAAACUACAACCCCCGGCAACGACGUCUACGUAACCUCAUUGUGGAGGUGAUUGAAGACAAGGAAAAGACUUCAGCCACUCCUCCAGUUAAACAAGGGGUUGCUGAGUCACAAACUGAUGUCAUUGCUGGUGUUACAAUACAACCAGGUGCCAUCAUGGUGCAAGAAGUUGUGCCAGUCCAAGGAGCAUCUGAACCAAGCAAUGGAGAAAGCCAGACUGUAUUUCCAGUCUUAUCAACACCAGGCACCAGCACUGGUGGGGGGCAGGCUGAAUUUUCUGUGUUACCUACACAAGCUGCGUCCUCAAAUGAUGGGGAGACAGAGUUUACAGUGGUGGAUGUGUUGGAGCACAACUUACUGGGGACAGAUACAUAUCCCAUUCAGCAAACUGAGGCAGACAACUAAGCCAGAGAGCAUGCAGCAAGAGGGAGAGAUUGGGAUUUAACUGAAUACAAAACUGAACAACAAAAACACACAAUUGAGAUCAAAUCACAUAAUACCCAACCAAAUUAGAUUUGUAAAAAAGUAUGUAUGUGUCAGGACAUGGUAUGGGGUAUGAUAACACAUCCCUCAAAGCAGAGAAUAAUCAAAUAAAAAUGUAGUUCUAUC